AUGGCUCCCAAGAACGCCGCCAGUGCGAUUAAGUCCGAGAAGCCCAUUUCUGAGGCCGCUGCCAGAAUCAUCGAGAAAGACAUCGAAUUUCUCAUGCAAGUGAUCCAGAGCCUGCCCAAGUCCGCAAUCAAAUGGGACACUGUGGCCAACAACCUGGGAUGCACCAGAAAUGCAGCCAGCAAGCGCUGGACCCGCAUCCUGAAGCGCUGGGAGCCUGCUACCAGCCUCGAGGCCACCCAUGAGGAGGAUAAGGAGGAUAAGGAGGGGAAUUAG